AUGACAAGCGGGGCGCAGCAGGGCAGUGGCGCAGAGCAGGAGAAGCAGAGAAGCGUCAGUGCUAUACAGACGGUCAAGCCACCGCUUAUCCCUCAUACGUUUGUACCACGAACGAAAGAGGAUCACAGCUCAUUCCCACCCUUCACCACCGCUGAAGUCGCCGGGACUCGUGCCGCCACAGUCCCACGCCGUCAAGGCGUUAUCGCGCGCCAGAUUGCCUUAUCGUGCCGCCAUCACCUCCCCUCAUUGCUCGCCGCUUCCCCCCCUGCUGCUCGCAAGAGCGCACGCCCGGCCGCUGCCAUCGCCGCUGGACCUUUGCAUAAGUCCUCCGUUGAGGCCGCUUCCCGCUGUGUGCCGCACCUGCCGCAGCUGCUCCUCGCACGCUGCUGCUUGCCCCUGCCACCGCGCUGCCACUCACCAACGCUGCCGCUGCUCUCACGUGCCAUUGUAGAACCCGCCGAUGUUGCUGCUGUCCUAGCCCUGCCGCCGAUGCCUGUGUCAUCGAAUCGCCCGUGUGAGGGACGAAGAAUCACGCACCUGCGCCCCCGGUUGCCAAAAACCGCCCGCCAUUGA